AUGGCCAAAUCAACGAGAAAACAGGUGGAAAAGGCUCCUGCGCCCGUGGAGAAGCCCGAAGAGCAGUUGGAGCUUGAAAACUCGAGCUCCUCCGAGAGCGAAUUGGAAGGUUUGUCGGAGGCCGAAGAUGCGAGUUCCGAUGAAGAAAAUGGCGAUUUGGCACUUGCGAACGAAGCCAAGAUCACUGGCGAGCACACGGUGAAAAAACUAGACUUCAAGAAGCUUGGACAGUCGAAAAAGGACCAGAACAAGCAAAAGGGCGCCCAGAAGACCGAAAAUCUUUCAGGAAUCAUUUACGUGAGCAGACUACCCAAGGGAUUUCACGAGCGUGAAUUGGCACGGUAUUUCGCACAGUUCGGAGAUCUGAAAGAGGUGCGGCUGGCACGCAACAAGAAAACCGGGAACAGCAGACAUUACGGGUUCGUGGAGUUUGUCAACAAAGAGGACGCUGUUGUGGCCCAAGAGACCAUGCACAAUUAUCUGCUGAUGGGCCAUUUGCUGCAAGUGGUGGCUCUUCCCAAGGGCAAGAAAAUCGAAAAGCUGUACCGAUACAAGCAGCGGGCGUUGCAACAAACGCCUGUUAAGAAGACCAGCGCAGAACUCAAGCAACGGGCUCAGGAAAGACACAUCGAAAGAGAGCAAAAGCUCAAAUCCAAGGGCAUCGCUUUCCAAUGGUAA